UCUCUCUAAACCCUUCUGUGGGAAAAGGCAACCCUUGAGGCUUAAACCCUUAAACCCUUAAACCCUUCGUCUCCUCCUCUCUGCAUGAAGCUCUGAGACUUCCGAUUCUUAGGGCUUCCUACUGUUUUCGUCUCUCUGCUCACUUUCUAUCACUUCAAUGGCGUCAGCUGCUCUGAGGAAUCCUAAUUCUAAGCGCCUGAUCGGCUUGUGUUCUCCUGUCUACUCAUGCUGUCGAGGAGCAUUUCUGCAUCAAUUAUCCACUUCUGAAUCACUUUACGGAAGUGAUAUAAUCUCGGAUAUCGGACCAUGGUGGAGAUCCAUGGCCACAUUUACGCGAACGAAACCUCAUGUGAAUGUGGGGACCGUUGGGCAUGUUGAUCAUGGGAAAACUACACUUACUGCUGCAAUUACAAAGGUGCUAUCAGAAGAAGGAAAAGCUAAGGCUGUUGCAUUUGAUGAGAUCGACAAGGCUCCUGAGGAGAAAAAGAGAGGAAUUACUAUUGCGACGGCCCAUGUUGAGUAUGAAACUGCAAAACGGCAUUACGCGCAUGUCGAUUGUCCAGGACAUGCAGAUUAUGUUAAGAAUAUGAUUACUGGAGCAGCUCAGAUGGAUGGGGGCAUUCUGGUUGUAUCUGCCCCGGAUGGACCCAUGCCGCAGACAAAGGAACAUAUUCUGCUAGCUCGCCAGGUUGGUGUGCCAUCAUUGGUGUGCUUUCUAAAUAAGGUUGAUGCUGUUGAUGAUCCAGAGUUAUUGGAACUUGUGGAAAUGGAACUCCGUGAGCUUCUAAGUUUUUACAAGUUCCCUGGAGAUGAAAUUCCAAUUAUUCGGGGUUCGGCCCUGUCUGCUUUACAGGGCACAAAUGAAGAAAUAGGGAGGAAGGCUAUUUUAAAAUUAAUGGAAGCUGUAGAUGAAUACAUACCUGAACCUGUUCGCCAACUUGACAAGUCUUUCCUAAUGCCAGUUGAGGAUGUGUUCUCAAUCCAGGGACGUGGAACAGUUGUGACCGGCCGUGUUGAGCAAGGGACCAUCAAAGUUGGAGAGGAUGUUGAAAUUUUGGGAUUAAUGCAGGGUGGUCCUCUGAAGACUACAGUCACCGGCGUGGAGAUGUUCAAGAAGAUCUUGGAUCAUGGGCAGGCUGGAGACAACGUGGGCCUCCUUCUACGUGGAUUAAAACGUGAAGAUGUACAGAGAGGACAGGUUGUGGCCAAGCCUGGUAGUGUGAAAACAUACAAGAGGUUUGAGGCAGAAAUAUAUGUUCUUACGAAGGAUGAAGGCGGUCGUCAUACUGCUUUCUUCUCAAAUUAUAGACCUCAGUUUUACUUGAGGACUGCAGAUGUUACUGGGAAGGUGGAAUUACCUGAAAAUGUUAAGAUGGUGAUGCCUGGUGAUAAUGUGACUGCAGUUUUUGAGUUGAUUUCACCUGUUCCACUUGAAGCAGGUCAAAGAUUUGCUCUGAGGGAAGGAGGUAGAACAGUUGGUGCAGGUGUGGUUUCAAAAGUGAUGGGCUGAGAUUUUCUAUUGCAGCAGCAGGUUGAUUUUUUUUUUUAGCUUCUGCUCAUGCAUGGAUUGGUGAAAUGCUGGAACCAGAGUGCCACUUCUAAAACAUGCGAUCGCCAUAGUCUCAUACAUGUAGUCAUUGUUUGAUUUGGCAUUUUUUCUUGAGCAUCAACGAUGGUCUAAAAUUUUGGACUAAUGCUAAAAAUUAGGUUUCAAUAGUUCUUUAGUGCAGAAUUGCUCAACAUUCUCUUUGAGAACUUUUCACUGCUGUACUAAAACUACUGUUAAUAAUCAACAGAACAGUAUAGAGCACGGUACAGUCUCUUCC